CUUGGCAUUCAGAUUUGAUGACGUCUAGCGUUGGUCAUUUGAUCCAGCAACAACAUUAUUAAAACGUCAAAGCCCAUGGAUCUGGAUAAGAAGCCACCAGCAGACAAAUCCAUAAUCAACAGGAUUAUCAAAUCAGGUGGCCGACUCCUACCUGGCAUGGUGCCAUUCAACUCUGUUCCUGAUUCUGACCAACAGAGUGGAGGAGAAGAGCUCACUGUGCAGGAUAAUUAUGCAGAUGUCAUUGAAUGGUGGAUCUCAGAGAAACCCUGGAAGGAACUUGAACAUCCUAAUGCAGAGAAAAAUGAUGCAAAAACCUUCACACAGAAAGCUGAAAAUCUAAAAAGAGCUCUUUAUGUGUUUGAUCGCCUAAUGUGUGAGCGAGGAGCAAAUCUGCAGGAUCACAUUGUAGAACUACAGGGAGUGGCUGAUAAUAUUGACAAGGAGGUGAAGACAGCAGGUGUUACCUGGGCAAAUGUAGGGGCACUAGGACUGGCAGCUUCUGUCGGAAGUGUCCUAUUUGCCUCACUGACCAGCAGGGCUUCUUUAGCAGUGGCUGCAGUUGGGGUUGGAGUUGGAGUUGUAGCAGUUGGAGUCUCAACUACCAUUAUCAACAAAAUCCACACCAAUGUGGACAGGAAGAAGGUGGAAACAAUCCUCAAAGAACACUCUACUUAUCUAGAGGAAUUUGAGAGAUGUGUGAAGUUUAUAGGUAAAAAUGUAGAGUGCCUGAAGAAAUACGACUUGUCCACAUUAAAGGGGGAGAGGAUGACUAGAGUGGUACAGAUGGCUGGAGAAAAUGUAGGAGCAAUCGGCCCACUCAGUAAAUCCUCCGGUCUGAUCCAAGGCUUCGUGCUGGGCUUGGACAUCUACUCCUGCAAAGGCGACUCUGAGCAGCUGAAGAACGGCACAGAAACCAAAUUUGCCAAACAAAUUCAUGUGCUGGCGAAACAGAUGCAGGCCAGCCUUGAAGAACUAAUGAAGUUCAAAACAGUGGUGGGAUCUGUGGACAUGUAGAGCAUGAUUUGUGUGUAUAUUGAAGAUUUUGCUAUUAUGUAGUGUAUAUUUUAGAGAAGUUUAACUCAUUAAUGCUAUAAACCCUAUAAUAUACAUUUUAUGUUAUCCAAUGAUAUAUUCAUUUACAGACGCAUAUACUGGCAAGUGGUCACAGAAACCCUGUAAUACAGAUCAUGAAGUAAAUUUUCAAUGCUUUGUGUUUCUUUAUGACAUGAUAGAGAAAGGAUACUAACAGAAUAACCAAUCAAAUUAAAAAAUGCUACUUAAAUGUCAGUGUGGUGUAGUCUAUGUGUUAUUAUAAGAGCAUCAUUUCUACCAGAGUACAGUAGCUAGUCUGUUAUGAAAGUGCCUUUCGUAGUUAGUUAUUCUACAAAGUCAUAUCUGUUAGCAUCAUGAUAGGCAUUGCUGUAAUUAGCCACGUCACUGCAACUUAAAUUAUCAGUAAUGGUUGUGAGGUCCAAGACACAUAUUUGUAGGAGGUUUCAAUUAUGCAUUUCACUCCUGUAAAAGUUAGAUUGAUGCUCCUGAGUGGCACAACAGAAAAGUCUGUCUUUGGGACAUGAGAGAUGACCUCGUAACCCAGUGAUGUCACAGUCAUCCAGGGCCGGGAGCCAAAAAAGGUAAACUUGGUUGCAAAUCACA